AGUUUUAAAAAUAGAUUUCAUUAUAAUGUGAAAUUAAAAAAAAAAACACUAAUAAAGCCAAUUUACGAAACUAACGAACGAACAGACCCAAUGAAAGGUGUUCCAAGACGCUUACUGUUGUUGGCAACAGCUUGGUCGCGUAGUUGUUCAUACGGUGCAUUCCAGCACAACGUGGCCCCAGAAACUAGUUUACUCCUCAGCCACUGCUACAACAGAGACCUUCCCAGAGCCAUGCAAACCCUUGAUACCAUGGAAAGACGCGGAGUCUGGGCUGAUGCAAUAGCGUACUCAGAGCUCAUCAAGUGUUGUUUGGCUCAUAAAGCUGUUAAGGAGGGUAAGCAUGUUCAUCGCCAUAUAUUCUCAAAUGGGUAUCAGCCAAAAAUGUUCUUGAUCAAUACUCUUCUUAAUAUGUAUGUCAAGUUCAACCUUUUGGAAGAAGCACAGAUACUGUUUGAUAAAAUGCAUGAACGAAAUGUUGUUUCUUGGACAACGAUGAUUUCUGCUUACUCUCAUGUUAAACUAAAUGAUCGAGCUAUGGAGCUUUUGAUUUUUAUGCUAAGGGAUGGGAUCUUGCCUAACAUGUAUACUUUUUCAUCUGUUUUGAGAGCCUGUGAGAGGUUAUGUGAUAUCACACAGCUGCAUUCUAGCAUACUGAAAGUAGGGUUGGAGUCUGAUGUGUUUGUUAGGAGUGCUCUUAUUGAUGCUUACUCGAAGAUGGGCGAGUUGUUGGAAGCAUUGGGUGUUUUUCGUGAGAUGGUGACUGGAGACUCUGUUGUUUGGAAUUCUAUUAUUGCUGCUUUUGCUCAGCAUAGUGAUGGGGAUGAAGCUUUAAGCCUAUACAAGAGCAUGAGAAGAGCGGGUUUUUUUGCUGAUCAGUCAACACUCACGAGUGUUUUGAGAGCGUGUACAAGUUUGUCGUUGUUGGAGUUAGGGAGACAGGCACAUGUUCAUGUGCUGAAGUUUAACCAGGAUCUUAUUCUUAACAAUGCACUUUUAGAUAUGUAUUGUAAGUGUGGUAGUAUGGAAGAUGCGAAAUUCAUUUUCAAUCGGAUGGCUGGUAAGGACGUAAUCUCCUGGAGCACCAUGAUUGCUGGGUUGGCUCAAAAUGGUUACAGUACAGAGGCACUCAAUUUAUUUGAUUCCAUGAAAGUCUCGGGUCCAAGACCAAACUAUAUCACAAUUCUUGGGGUUCUGUUUGCGUGUAGUCAUGCAGGGCUAGUAAAUGAAGGUUGGCACUAUUUUCGAUCUAUGAAGAAACUUUACGGGAUAGAUCCUGGAAGAGAACACUACUGUUGCAUGCUUGAUCUUCUUGGACGAGCAGGGAAGCUUGAUGAAAUGGUUACGUUGAUUCAUGAAAUGACUUGCGAGCCGGAUGUUGUGACGUGGAGGACUUUGCUUGAUGCGUGCAGGGCCCAUAGGAAUUUGGAUUUAGCUACAUAUGCUGCUAAGGAAAUUACUAAGUUGGAUCAACAUGACACGGGAGCCUAUGUAUUGUUAUCUAACAUCUAUGCAAAUUCAAAAAGGUGGGAUGAUGUUGCUGAAGUUCGGAGGACCAUGAGCGCAAGGGGGAUAAGGAAAGCACCUGGAUGUAGUUGGAUUGAAGUCAAUAACCAAAUACAUGCUUUUAUUGUGGGGGAUAAAUCUCAUCCUCAAAUAGAUGAAAUCAAUAGAAGGUUAAACCAAUAUAUUCGCAGGCUAACUGAUGCUGGAUAUGUUCCUGACACAAAUUUCGUGCUACAAGAUCUUGGAGAGGAACAGAGUGAAUACUCCCUUCGACACCACAGUGAAAAGCUGGCAAUUGUUUUUGGUAUUAUAAGCUUUCCUAGGGAGAAAACAAUCAGAAUAUGGAAGAACCUAAAGAUCUGCGGAGAUUGUCAUAUAUUUGCAAAACUUGUAGCAAAACUAGAGCAGCGGCACAUCGUAAUUAGAGACCCUAUUCGAUAUCAUCAUUUUCAAGAUGGGGUCUGCUCAUGUGGUGACUAUUGGUAGCCAGAUAAGAUGCACAGGACAAAAUCUCUGACUAUCUUAGGCUCAAAACAACAUAGAUGAAUCCACAAUCAGUGAAUAACUAUGACAGAAAGCCUGCAGCAGUGGCAUUUCUAAUAGUUGAUAUGCCAGUGAGGUUGGAUAAGCGUAAUCUUUCUUGUUUUCCUUUAUUUACUUGUAUAUUGGCUCUUGUAAAAGAAAAGUAAUCGCAAUUCUGACCCUAGCUUUUAGAAAAUUAAUACAAGGGUCAAUAUCUUUGUAUUCUAAACUUCAUGAUAAGGAUAUGAGGACUAGAUAACUGGAGGGAGAAAUAGAGGAAAAGAAUGGGAAGGAGAUUUGGUCUGGGACACUGCCGAAGUAGAAGAAAAUGUUUCAUCAGCAAAAUCUGUAUUAACCUUGAUAUAGUCAUUAAACACAUUCCUGAUGCAUAGCAAUCCGAAUUAAAAGAAAAUCCUACAUGCUUAUACUUUAUGUUGGUAGUCUUUAUUACUACAAGCUAUAUAAGGAAAACAACCUUAAAGUUAUCCAAACAAGAUCCAGCCUAGGGAAAGUUUGCUUAUGAUCUGAAGUCUAAAUGUCCGAAAAUUUUCAAAUUUAAGUCUUUUGUGCAGAGCAAAGGUUCUUUUUAAGGCCAUCUCAAGGUUGGUUUUCUCUUUGAAGAGUAAGAAGAUGACCACGGUGUUGUAGGCCAUUCGACUUAUUCCCUUCAAUUUAUUUGUGCCUAACUUCACAUCACCUAUGAGGCUGACUCUUGCAUAUCGUAAUGUCAACCCCCUUCAUCUUUGUAUUUCCAUAGAGAAAAGUAUGCAAAGAUGGCCCUGCUUGUGGAUGAGAUUUUUUUCCUAGGAAAUUCACUCCCGCCACACUGGAUAUCUUCAUGCAAUAACUUUAUAUCCAAAGAUGAUUUAGAGGUGAGAUUUGGGGAACUCUUGGUAUUUCGGAGGUUUAUUUGGUGAUGCUAUGUGGAUGUUUGCUGGGGGUGGUUUAUUUGGUGAUGCUAUGAGGCUGUUUUAUGAUGUCACCGUUUGAUGUAAUUGAAAUUGGUAGCUUAAGUUCUUCGUGUGUUGGAACUCUAUGUACUACAUAUUCCAAACACAUCAUUAGAUGGUGGAAACUGAACUUGGAAUGCAGGAGUUAUGGAAGGCAUUUUAGUAAGGAAUGCUCUGGGAGUAGUUAUUGAGACUAUUGUAGUAUUUGAUAUGCGAACUGUAAAAAAAAGUAUGUUCUGUUUCACCUUUUCAAAGGAGGCAAAAUGUAUUUCUUUAUUUACCUUAUAUCCUGAUCUAAUUGAAUUUUAACUGGUACACUGUUUAACUUAUCUACCAACAGUCCGAAUGCCAAGCCUUCUACAUUUGGCUGUCUUGAUGGAGCAAAAUCUGAUUGCUGCUGCCUGCUGUUGUGUUAGGUACUUGGGUUUGAGAGGGAAAAAUACAGAAAUGUGAGGUUUUCGAGUAUGGUACUUAGGUCUACUUCUUCGAAGAAAAAUAAUUCUGAAGGAAACAAGAGAUACUCAGAAAGCUCAAUGGGAUAAUUGAUUGAUACUGAUUUUUAUUUUAAACCAUUUAUAUGUCCAUUCAUCUUAAAUAUUAUAGCUGUGUAAUGUGUAUGGCAGAUUAGUUGUUUUGAUAAUGAUUGUUUUCUUAAAAUUUAUGUCAUGAUUAUUGAUUACUUUAUUAUUUUUAAUUCAGUGUCUAUAUGUAUUUCAAUUUGUUUUGAAAACAAUUAAGUUAAA